UGCAUCAGGAUGUGACAUUGUAAUACUGGGGACAGAUUUUGAAAGAUUACAAAUAAUUCCUGGAGCAAAAUAUGGAAAUAUACAAGUGGGGUGUGUAGAUUGCUCUAUGCAGCAAGGGAAGAUUGCAGCUGCUUAUGGAAAUAUAAUUUGUAUUUUUGAGCCAGUCAAGCAUCUAAAGCAGAAGAAUCAUGAUUCUGGACUAUCUUAUCAGUGGCAGAAUUCAGAUCAGAUUUGCUUGGAACAUGUUGUGCAUAAUUUAACUUGGGAUCCUACAGGCUCUCGUCUAUUGACUAGUUCCAGUUGUUUGCAACUUUGGUCUAAUGUCAGUUUUGAAAAUCUAUCAGAAGAUGAAAAUCGUGAAAGAGCUGAUUCUCAGAACUGGAGAAUCAUCUGGCAGAGCAAAACUGCUUCUCAAGUUCAUCUGAUGAUGUUUUCACCAGAUGGAGAAUUUUUUGCUACUGCAGGGAAGGAUGAUUGUCUUGUAAAGGUGUGGUAUAACACUGAUAGCUGGAAAUCAGCAGUUGCAUCACAAAGUACAACACCAGAAACCACCAUGCAAGAACUGGGUUUCUCAUUUAUUUAUCUGGUUCAUCCUCGGUCGGUUGAUGGUUUUUCAUGGCGAAAGACAAGCAACUACAUGCCACGUGGUGCUGUGUGUAAUGUACUGCUGACAUGCUGCAAAGAUAAUAUAUGCCGUCUCUGGGCAGAGACUCUGUUGCCUAAUGAUAGCCUCUUGUAUGAAGGUGGAUACAACCAUUGGCCUGACCCAGUGAAAUUAAAUAAUAACUUUAAGAGGAAUGCUUCUAGCAAAGAAAGCAUGAAAAAUGCUUUAGAGUUAAAUUUAAGACCUUUUCGACGAGGAAGAAGAAGAUCAAUAGCACUUGCGCAUACUGGAUACUUGCCCCAUCAGCAAGACCCUCAUGUAGUUCAUCGAAACACACCGUUGCAGUCAAAUGCACUUUGCCACUUCCAUAUUGCUGCCAGCAUCAAUCCAGCCACAGACAUUCCCUUGCUCCCUUCUAUCAUGUCUCUGAGUCUUAAUGAAAAUGAAGAAAAAAGUGGUCCUUUUGUAGUACACUGGCUAAAUAAUAAAGAGCUACAUUUUACUCUAUCAAUGGAAGUUUUUUUACAACAGUUUAAACGAAAUUUUGAGCAUAUUUCCACAGAAGCCAGCACAGAAGAAUCUAAUCAGAUGAUUUUCAGAUCUGAUGAAGAAACUGAUGACAAUAGAGAAGAACAGAGAAGAAAUCAAGAACAGAAAGAAUUUCCUGGUGAAAAAACAGUUCUAAAUUCAAGCUCUGUUCCAUUGUCUUCAGCCGUUAUUGAUCAUGAAAUUGAAAUACAACUAGCUGAAUGGAAUAAAAAUGCAGACAUGCUGUUUAGUAUUCAUCCUGUGGAUGGGUCACUGCUGGUAUGGCAUGUUGAUUGGCUAGAUGAAUACCAGCCAGGCAUGUUUCGUCAAGUACAGGUGUCAUUUGUUUCAAGGAUUCCUGUUGUCUUUCCUACUGGUGAUGCAAAUUCACUUUGCAGAAGUAUAGUGAUGUAUGCUUGUACGAAAAAUGUUGACCUUGCUCUUCAGCAAGGCAAACAAAAACCAUCUGGUCUUGGUCGCUCCUGCUCUAUGUUAAUUUCUUCAGGUCAUAGUAAAACACCCAACAAUUUAAAACUAAGCAUCUUCACCCCAAAUGUUAUGAUGAUUUCCAAGCAUGCAGAUGGAUCUCUAAACCAAUGGCUAGUCAGCUUUGCAGAGGAAUCUGCUUUUUCAAAUGUGCUCAGUAUUUGCCACAAAUCACGAUAUUGUGGACAUCGUUUCCAUCUUAAUGACUUGGCUUGCCAUUCAGUACUUCCAUUGCUACUUACAACCUCUCAUCACAAUGCAGUGAGGAUACCAGUUGCUGAUAGCACAAAAGAGGCAUCUCCAGAGCAUCAAAAUAAAGGUUCUGCCAGCAAAUCUCAGGACCUUACUGCUGUUUACAGUGAACUUAUCCUCUGGAGAGUUGAUCCAGUUGGCCCACUGUCUUUUUCUGGUGGAGUUUCUGAGCUUGCAAGAAUAAAUUCCCUUCAUGUAUCUGCUUUUUCAAAUGUGGCAUGGUUGCCUUCCCUCAUACCUAGUUAUUGCUUGGGUGCAUACUGUAAUUCACCAAGUGCUUGCUUUGUCGCAAGUGAUGGACAACAUUUGAGACUCUAUCAAGCCAUAAUAGAUGCCAAAAAGCUACUCUGUGAACUGUCAAAUCCAGGAAUUUCUAAAUACGUUGGCAAAUUUUUUAACAUCAUAAGUCAACAAUCUACAGCUAGACCAGGUUGCAUUGUAGAACUGAAUUCCAUUACAGAGCUGCAUGGUGAGAAAAUGCAGUUACUUCAUGUUUUUCAAGAAGAUUUCAUUUUGAAUAAUCUUGGGAAUAGAUUCUCAGAAAACGAGACAAUACUACUUGAUCCUGGAUAUCAGAAAAAUGGGUUUUCUGAAAAAUUCUAUUUAAUUGUAAUUGAAUAUACUCAAAACUGCUCACUGUUACAUAUGUGGAAAUUACAUUUGAAAUCCAUACCAGUCUCAGUGGAUGAAAAAGUAAUUCCUAAGGCAUCUGAAACAGUAUCACAAGAAGAGCUUUAUUCUUCUCCGGACAAAGAAAAGCUUCACAGUUCAUUUACAAAGAAUUAUAAAGUCUGCAGAGAUAAUCUUCAGAGUACCAGCCAGCUAGCUCUUUCUUCAGAAAUUGUCUAUAGUCAAGAACUGAAUUUACCAGAAGGAGUGGAGAUAGUAAGCAUUAAACCAUCAGCAGGUCAUUUAAGUUCUUCUUCAAUUUAUCCAGUCUGCCAAGCUCCUUAUCUUCUUGCAACACUUUGCUCAGAUGGGAAAGUUAGAUUUUGGAAGUGUAGAGUGGCACUGGAAACAGAUGUAUUACCCAAAUCAGAGAGUACUAAGAACAGUGGUAUGUAUGUAUGGGAAGAAUGGCCAUUGCUUAUUGAAGAUGGACAUCUUAGUAGCAGUGCCCUUGAAGUGCCUGGUUUACCUCUUGAAAUUAGCUGUGCUCAUACAAAUCGUUUAGCUGUGGCAUACAAGCGAACACCACCCCAAAACAGUCAUUCUCAAGAUUUUUUGGUGAAUGUUGGCAUUUUUGAAUGUGAAUCUACAGGAGGCUCUUGUUGGAACUUGGAACAAACACUUCAUUUAGAUGAACUAAACCUAACAUUGGAUUCUCUGAGUGCCAAUAGUAGUUCAAUAGCAGAAGGAAAUAAGAACUUAACACCCAGAACAAAGCAUUUGGUUCACUUAGACUGGAUGUCUAGGGAAGAUGGCUCUCAUAUAUUAACAGUAGGCAUCGGUUCAAAGCUUUAUAUGUUUGGUCAGUUGGCUGGGAAAAUACAGGAACAAAGUGCUAAGGAAAUGCUUGUACUGCCAGUAUGGGAAAAUGCUAAAACUUCUUGUACAUCUAGAUUUAUACUGUUACGAUGUGUGGACUUGGUCUCAUCAGUGGAAGGAUCAUCUCCUUUACCAGUUUCUUUGUCUUGGGUUCGUGAUGGCAUCCUUGUAGUUGGGAUGGAUUGUGAAAUGCAUGUUUAUUCUCAAUGGCAGCCACUUUCAAAGCAAGAUCCCAUUACUGUAGACUCUUAUAGUGGGAGCACACCAUCCAUAACAAAUUUAAUUAAACAAAACCAGUCAAAACGAACAUUAACCAGAUCCAUGACUAGCUUUGCUCAAAAACUUGGCGGGAAACGAACUGUAUUUGAACUAUCACUGGAGAUGGAAGAUUCUGGCCUCUUUGAAGCAGCUCAUUCAUUAUGUCCUACUUUACCUCAGUAUCAUCCUGUGCAGCUUUUGGAACUCAUGGAUCUAGGGAAAGUACGUAGAGCAAAGGCCAUUUUAUCUCAUCUUGUCAAAUGCAUUGCUGGAGAAGUUAUUGCCAUAAACGACCCCUACCAUGAAAAAAGGUACCGUUCUCUCUCAAUCUGUGCUAGUGGGAGUAGUACAAGAGACCCUAUGACAUUUAACAGAUGUGUAAUAACAGACUAUACAGAAAUAGAUUCUGUUCCACCCCUUCCUUUGUAUGCAUUGCUUGCUGCUGAUGAAGAAUGUGCCUAUGCUUAUACUGAAAAGUCAAAUACUCCAAAAAAACUUAACAAAUGUAUGGCUGAUGAAAAUUAUGAGGAUCUAUUUCAAAAUUCCAGCCUGUAUACAGAUGAACUGACUACAAUUGAAGUAGAUGAAGAUGACAAAAAGCCAAAAGUUAUUGAUCUUUCUCAGUAUAGCCCAACUUACUUUGGACAAGAGCAUGCCCAAGUUCUUUCUCGUCACUUGCUUCACUCUAGCUUACCAGGACUUACCAGGAUGGAACAGAUGCUGUUGAUGGCAUUGGCUGAUACAAUUGCCAUUACCAGUACUGAUAUAGGAGAAAGCAGAGACAGAAGCAAGGGAGGAGAAACACUUGAUGAAUGUGGUUUGAAGUUUCUUUUGGCAGUUCGUCUUCACACUUUUAUGACAACUUCUCUACCACCUGCUCACAGAGCCCAGCUAUUGCACCAAGGUUUGUCUUCAAGUCAUUUUGCCUGGGCAUUUCACUCGAUUGCAGAAGAAGAACUUCUAAACAUGCUUCCUGCAAUCCAAAAAGGUGAUCCAACAUGGUCAGAACUUAGAGCUAUGGGAGUAGGAUGGUGGGUUCGAAAUACCCAUAAUUUGCGCAGAUGCAUUGAGAAGGUCGCUAAAGCAGCUUUUCAAAGAAACAAUGACCCUCUAGAUGCAGCCAUUUUCUAUCUUGCAAUGAAAAAGAAGGCUGUAAUUUGGGGAUUAUACAGGUCUUUAAAAGAUGCUAAAAUGACACAGUUCUUUGGAAACAAUUUUACUGAAGACAGAUGGCGUAAAGCAGCACUGAAGAAUGCUUUUUCGUUGCUAGGCAAGCAGCGUUUUGAACAUUCUACAGCAUUUUUCUUAUUGGCUGGUCACUUAAAAGAUGCAGUUGAGGUCUGCCUAGAGAAAUUAAAUGACAUUCAACUGGCUCUUGUAAUUGCAAGACUCUAUGAACCAGAAUUUGAAAUAUCUGGUACUUACAAAUCAAUUCUUCAGAAGAGAAUUCUGGGAAGUAAGCCUCAUUUCACUGAAAGUCCAUCAAAACCACAUUUUGAUCCUUUUCUCCGAAGUAUGGCUUAUUGGAUUUUAGAAGAGUAUAGUCAUGCUCUUGAUACUCUUUUAAACCAUCCCAUUUUGAAUGAGGAAGAUGAAGGAAGCUUCUCAAAUUGUAGCCCUUCAGUAUUUAAUUUUUACAAUUAUCUAAGAACACAUCCUCUCUUGCUGAGACGCCAUUUUGGGUCUUCUGAUUUAUCUUCCACAAGGAUUUGUGUAACAGGAGAAAAUGGGCUGGCAGAUGAAAUCAAUUUAGAGGAAAGAAGAUUGUUCUUUACUGCAGCAUAUGCUCACUUAAAAUCUGGCUGUCCCAUGUUGGCUUUAGAAGUAUUAUCAAAAAUGCCUAAAGUGAUCAAAAAGUCAAAGUGUUUAGGAAGAACAUUUAGUUUAAGGGACACCAGUAAAGGAUGUUCACCAUCUUCUCCAUUGCUAGUGGAAUCAAAAAGUGACAAAUUUUUCAGCACUGACUUGUCAGAACCACCAGUGCUAAAUGGUUUAGGAUCUUUAUCAGAUGCAUCAUCAGACAAGCAGUCAAAUUCUGCUGUUUUGUUAGAUUGGAGUCAGCCAGCUGCAGUCUUCCAAGAUGACCCAUUGGAAUUAAAAUGGGACAGUGACAAAGAUGAGGAAAGUGAGGAUUCUUGCCUUGUAAUGAAACCUUUGCAGAACAUAGCAAGUGAAAAAACAAAUGAAGUUAGUUCCAGCCGCACCGAAACCUACAGUUUAGGAGGUGAAAAUGAUGUCUUAACUUCAUCAGAAGACAUCAUUUGUGCACAACUUAAGUUUAGGGCAUGCUUGAAGAUUCUUACAGAAGAGCUUCGUACAUUAUCCACUGGCUAUGAAGUAGAUGGUGGAAAGUUAAGAUAUCAGCUGUAUAACUGGCUUGAAAGAGAAGUAGUAGCUCUGCAAAAGACAUGUGACUAUAGCAUUGAAGCGGAAGAUACUGAGAGAGGAAUUAUCCCAGGAAUGGAUGAAAAUUCCUUAAAUGAAAAAACUGAAGAUCUGUCAGAUGCACAACUAAAGGAAAAUAUUCAAAGAAGACAGUGGCUUAUAAAAUACCAGUCACUUUUGCGAAUGUUUCUCAGUUACUGUAUCCUCCAUGGAUCUCAUGGUGGAGGAUUGGCAUCUGUACGAAUGGAACUGAUUUUGCUUCUGCAAGAAUCUCAACAGGAAUUUUCAGAGCAGUCAUAUGGUAAUACUGUAUCUGAGCAAAGUGCAAUACCACUUCUUUUUGCCUGUACUGCAAGUGCCAAAACUGUGGUGGCCAAUCCAUUACAGCAUCUUAGUAACCUGACGCAUGAUAUACUACAAGCUGUUAUUUCUCUUGACUCACCACCCCAUCCAGACAUACAGAAUAAUAAGAUACAUGUAAUGCACACAUUAGCAGCAUCUUUAUCAGCUUGCAUAUACCAGUCUCUCUGUGGGGGUCAUAACUGCAGUUCAUUGCAAGCAAACCAAUUCACUGGAAUGAUUUAUCAGACAUUGCUGCUCUCUCAUCGACAUUCCCUAAGAACAACAAGCUCAGAUGAAACAGUAACUCCUAAUACUACACCAGCUCAAUGGCCAGGAAUAAUGGAAUUAAUACAAUUACUGAAUCAAGCUGGAGAAGAAGCUCGGUCUGGGAUCACAGUUUUUCUCUGUGAAAUUCUUACAGCAGUCUACCUUAGUCUCUUCAUUCAUGGUCUAGCAACACAUUCCAGCAAUGAAUUAUUCAGGAUUGUGGCCCAUCCCCUUAAUGACAAAAUGUGGUUUGCUGUCUUUGGUGGUGGUGCAAAGAUUCCCAAGAAAGGACCAGUUCAAGAAACGACCAAGAUGGCCUCUUCUCCUAUAGAUGAUGGUGAGAAGCAAAAUAAACGGUUUAGACUAUCAUCAAAAUCAUCAUCAAAAGAGAAUUCACCUACUACUUUACCUGGAAAAGAACAAGACUUUUCAAAUUACAAAGAGAAAUUUAUUCCUCCUGAACUUAGUAUUUGGGACUACUUUAUAGCAAAGCCGUAUCUUGCAUCAUCCCAAACUAGAUUUGAAUAUGAUUCAGAAGAAAGUCAGGAGAGCAGUGAUGAAGAUGAAGAUGGAGCAUUCUUAUCAGAUUCAAAACUUCAGGAACACUCUAACCCAAAUUCAUUUAGUUGGUCAUUGAUGCGCUUGGCUAUGGUUCAGCUAGUUCUCCAUAACUUGAAAAGUUUCUACCCUUUGGCUGGACAUGAUCUUACAGAACUUCCAGUUUGCUCACCGGUGUGCCAUGCGGUUCUGAAGGCUCUUCAGCGCUGGGAACAAGUUCUUCUCAGACGACUUGAAAUGCAUGGAGGCCCCCCAGAAAACUUUAUUUCUGUUCAUAUUUUACAAGAUGCCUCCUCUUCAGGGCCUGCACUACUUCGCCACAAAGUUUUGCUGGAGCCAACAAACACUCCUUUCAAAUCCAAAAGUUAUUAUGCAUUAUCCGUAAAAAGGCUUUGGCAGUACCUCAUUAAACAAGAAGUGGUCCAAGAAACCUUCAUCAGAAACAUAUUUGCAAAGAGAAAGUGUUUAAGUGAGUUAUUAGAAGACCAAGUGGAACAUAUCAAAAGUAUUUCAGUAGAAGAACCAGGAAUUAAUAAGAUAGAGAAUGAUGCACGAUACCCUGGAAGUAAAGCAAGAAUUAUCCAUAAAGAUUCUGACAUUAUUACUGCCUUUGCUGUCAAUAAGGCCAACAGGAAUUGUAUUGCAAUAGCUUCAAGCCAUGAAAUUCAAGAACUAGAUGUUUCUGGAAUUUUAGCAACUCAGAUCUACACUUGGGUUGAUGAUGACGUUGAAAUGGAAGCUAAAGGAGCUGAUGACUUCUUAGUUAUACAUGCUCAUGAUGACUUGGGAAACAUUCAAGGAACUACUCCUUAUACGCACAGCACUCUUGGAACACCAAUCAAUAUGCCAUGGCUUGGUGGCUUCCAGACUGGCAGGGGUGCUGCUAUGGAAUAUUCCAAUAAAUUUAAUGGAAUCAGAAAGGAAUUGGCAAGAAAAGAGAUGAUCAAGAAGAAUCUCAAUAAUGUCAGAAGAAUGGCUUCUCACCCAACACUACCAUAUUAUUUGACAGGUGCUCAGGAUGGCAGUGUGAGAAUGUUUGAAUGGGGCCAUUCUCAACAACUUGCAUGUUUCCGAUCUGGUGGCAACCCCAGGAUUACACGGAUGAGAUUUAAUUAUCAAGGCAAUAAGUUUGGGAUUGUUGAUGGUGAUGGAUACAUAAGUUUGUAUCAAACAAACUGUAAGGGUUGCCUACAUAAUGAAAGCACACCCAAACCAUACCUGACAUGGCAAUGCCACAACAAAACAGCUAGUGAUUUUGUUUUCAUCAGUUCUUCAUCUUUGAUAGCUACUGCCGGGCUAUCUACAGACAACAGAAAUAUUUGUUUGUGGGAUACUUUGGUUGCCCCUUCCAGUAGCUUGGUGCAUGCCUUUACCUGUCAUGAUACUGGAGCAACUGUCUUAGCAUAUGCCCCCAAACACCAACUAUUAAUAUCUGGUGGAAGAAGAGGCUAUACUUGCUUAAUAGAUCUUCGCCAAAAGCAACAGCGACAGUUUUUCCAAAGUCAUGAUUCUCCAAUUAAAGCAAUUGCUGUAGAUCCUACAGAAGAAUAUUUUGUUACAGGAUCUGCAGAAGGAAAUAUCAAGGUAUGGAGUCUAUCUAAUUUCAGUCUUCUUCAUACUUUCAUCAAUGAACAUUCCCGACAGUCUAUUUUCAGAAAUCUUGGGACAGGUGUCAUGCAGAUUGAGACAGGACCAGCAAAUCACAUAUUCUCCUGUGGAGCUGAUGGGACAGUGAAGAUGAGAAUUUUGCCUGAUCGAUUUAAUUCAUUUGGUGAAGUGUUGAAAACUGAUGUGAAAUAUAUGAUCUAAAGUGCUGUUAGCACUUGUAAAAUAUUAUAGAAUAUUAGCAAGCAUAAUUGUACAGGUAGCCCUAUAGUAACAUUUCCUGAUGUUUAUAUUUAUUUCUUGGAGCUUUAGUCCUUAAUGCACUAAUGCCUUAAAGGUUAGUAAGUUCCUUCUCAUUCUGCAUAAGAAUAGUUUUUGAAGAUCCAGUAAAUAUUUAUUAUGUAUUUUGUUGAGUACUCUCCGUUCUUAAUUGAUCAUAAUGCCUCAUUCCAUGUUGAUGAGCAUGAUCUUUUUCACUUAACUUCUAAAGACCAUUCCAUAAACAAGCCUUAUAAUGUCAUCUCUCUUAGCCUGACAGAACGCUCAGUUGCCAAAUUCCUUAUUCUAACUAUGGAUAUGGGUUGUACUUGUGUAAAAUAAACAUAAUUACAUAAGCAGAUACCCAUGCUAUACUGAGAUUUCCUAUAGGAAGAAAUGCUAAUAGAUGAGCCACCGCUGAUAAUGGUUUCCUGAAAUCUAAUUUGUUCACUUUUACAACUUGAACUCUGUCUUUAGAGUGAAGAAUUAAAAGAUAAACACUUGUCUUGGAACUUUUCAUGCUUGAAUGGCUGCUAUCAGGAUGGCAGUCUUUUCUU